AUGGCAUUAAUCAAAGAAAUCAAUAGCUUCGAGCUCCCCAACUUCUCGCACUCACACUCGUUAAUUUCGAAUGGCAGCACAAGAGAAAGCUUCGAUGACAUAGAAAGGUGCUGUUCGUUAGAUUUCGAUACAGAAAAUUCGGAGAUCCAAUCACCAGAAAUUUUUCCCACAAUUAUGAUAAUGCAGCUUUGCCAAAAGAAGGGAGUUCGUAAACCAAAGGAAGAACCUGGACUAUUUCAACAACUUUCAAGCACACAGAAAUCGAAAAUUGAAAAUUUAAAUUAUAAGUUAGAUCUACUUAUGAACGCAUUGGAAGAUAGGUUUGAAGCAAUUAACGUAAGAGAUGAUUGCUCACUCAAGCCAAAACCGAUUGAACUCGCCACUCCUGGUAGCUCCUUCAUCAGCAAAAGACGAGCGACAUUACCAUGCAACGUUUUAAGAGUUUAA